AAGAGCGGGAGGCGGGUCUCGGAGCGGUAGCGUGUUUGGGUGCGCGGCGCGGCAGCCAGGAAGGAGCCGGUGAGGGGGAGAAUCGUUGCCGUUGGUGGAGUUCUCGUCAGCCGGCGCCAUGUCUAUUAUGUCCUAUAAUGGAGGGGCUGUAAUGGCCAUGAAGGGGAAAAACUGUGUAGCCAUUGCAUCGGACAGACGGUUUGGAAUUCAGGCUCAGAUGGUGACCACAGACUUUCAGAAGAUUUUCCCCAUGGGAGACAGACUAUAUAUUGGACUGUCUGGGCUUGCCACAGAUGUGCAGACAGUGGCCCAGCGGCUUAAGUUCAGGCUGAAUCUCUAUGAGCUGAAGGAAGGCAGACAGAUCAAGCCCCAAACUCUCAUGAGUAUGGUGGCCAACCUACUCUAUGAGAAACGGUUUGGACCCUAUUACACAGAGCCAGUUAUUGCUGGCCUGGACCCCAUAACUUAUGAACCUUUCAUCUGCUCUCUGGACCUGAUUGGUUGUCCUAUGAUAACAGAUGACUUUGUUGUCAGUGGCACCUGCUCAGAGCAGAUGUAUGGCAUGUGUGAGUCCCUCUGGGAGCCUGACAUGGAGCCAGACCACCUCUUUGAAACGAUCUCACAGGCUAUGCUGAAUGCAGUGGACAGAGAUGCUGUGUCUGGCAUGGGUGUGGUAGUGCAUAUAAUUGAAAAAGACAAGAUCACCACCAGGACACUGAAAGCACGCAUGGACUAGCCGCGGAAGUUUGUGCUUGUUUCACAUGCCAGGCUAUUUUUUAAAUAUACUCUCUCCAUUAUUGUA